AUGGCUUUUACCAACAAUAGUGCUUCAAUUUUUGGCGCAAAGCCAAACAAUCCACCAGCCACAGGGAGCUCAUUAUUUGGUCAACCUAAUACUACUGGAAACUCUAUCUUUGGGUCAUCCCAGCCACAAACUAACACUUCAACCGCAAAUAGUUCAUUUGGUGGCAGUAAUGCGUUUGGCCAACAAAAUCAGCAGCAGCAGCAACCUGCCGGUAGUCUAUUCGGCCAGACUCAGCAGCAGCCAGCUACCGGAGGAAGUAUAUUUGGGCAACCCGCUGCAGGAGGAAGCAUCUUUGGGCAACCCGCUCAAAAACCUGCGGCAGGAUCCAGUCUAUUCGGACAAUCGACUCAACAGCAGCCAGCAGCAACAGGGACAAGUCUGUUCGGUCAGCCCGCUGUUCAGCCAACUGGUAAUCUGUUCGGGCAACCUGCUCAACAACCAGCCGCUGGGAGUACGAACAUUUUUGGGCAAUCGACGCAGCAACCUUCGACGGGUGUUGGUGGUAACCUCUUUGGACAAUCUACGCAACAACCUGCCGCUAAUACGAGUAUAUUCGGACAAUCGACCCAGCAGCCGGCCCCUGGAGCGAGCAUAUUCGGUCAACCAGCCCAAGCAACACAAUCGGCUGGAGGUACAAGCUUAUUUGGACAACCUGCACAACAGCAGCAACAAGGGACUAGUACUUUUGGCGGAGGUGGAGGAUUUGGAGGUGGAGGAGGUUCGACAUUGUUUGGUCAAAAACUUGGUCAGCCUCUACAACAGUCUAACUUCGGUGCGCCUGCUGUCCAGCAGCCUUCAGGUCCCCCUCCAUUUUCGAGGACCACUAAAUUCAACGACUUAUCGGAAGGGCUCAAGAAGACCUUCGAGGAGAUCGACUCCCAUAUUCAAGGGCGAAUUCAGAUAAGCAAGGAUCUUCGGCAGAAGAAACUUGGUGAGGAGGCAACGACAGGCCAAGAGCUAAUUCGAGUGGUGCAAAAAGAUCUCAACCAGACUGCAUCAACGAUUCGAAACGACCUCCAUGUCGUCAGGGACUUGAAAGCGAAAGCAGAUCAGGCUGUACAUGAUACUAUUAUAUCCACACGAAUAGUAGAUGGAUUCAAGAAUUCUCAAAUGAACGGUGCCUAUCUGAAAGACCACGCCUCAUUUCCCCUUGAGUUCUUCACUCGAGUUACGAAUCAAAUACGUGAACGGCUUGUCUGGUAUAGAGCAACGAUCGAGCAAAUUGAGCGUAAACUAUCAUCCAUGUCAAACCAGACACAUAUCACUCCACAAGGUAUAACGACCACGUUGCAAGCACAACAUUCAACUUUCCUCGCCCUUGCUUCGAAGACAGCCGCGCUUGAUACUGAGCUACAAAAGAUCAAGACCCUUUAUACUCAACUGUGGCGUGCACGUACGGGCAGUGUUCGGGAUCCUUUCAACAGUGUCGGGGUGAAUGAUUCAGGUGCUAAGCCAGAUUUUGGUCUGAGUGGUUUGAGUGUCCGAUAG